AGAAGAAUUAGUGAAUUUAUGAUGACGCUCGCAGAAAUCAAAACUUAAUUUUAAAAAUGUUCACGCUCAAACUACAAUAUUAUCUUAGGUAGUCGUUACUGUUGUGCAACUGACUGCAGUGCAGAAUGCAGAUGAUCGAAGGCUAAGCCCAUGAGCGGUCGGUUAUAUUUUUAUGUUUCUGUUUUAAAUUCAAUGUAAAUGUAUCUUCCUCUUCACAAUGCCGCUGAAAAGAGGUACUUGGUUAGGAUACCAAUUAAGAAACUCGGCCUGUUCACUGUAUCGCUGCCGCUGUUUUCCUUUCUCACGUGUGUGCUCCUGACCAUGUACAAAGAUUUCGAAAAUGCAAACAGAACUCACUGUAACGUUCCUAAUGUGUUUCCAUCCAUAUCGGCUUCCAUAGGGAAUUACGAGCCCCAGCACACUAUAUGGACUGUAGCCAUUUACAUACAUUCGCCGCUAAGAUUUUUCAUUAUAUAUUUGAGAUGGGAAUAUUACAAAAGCAUAAUUGAGCAUAACUAUGUCAUAAUAGUGAAGAUGGCGGUGAUGAUGAAUAUAAUAGAGAAUUUGUCCUUGAUUGGGCUCACUCACUGGACCUCCUCUCAGAACUACCCAUAUCAUGAAGUUUGCUUUAAGGUGUUCGUUGGGACCUCUAUAUUAUACAUGUUUUUUAUAUGUAUGCUACUCACAAAAUACCGAAGAAGGUCAGCCUCCUCAAGUCAUCUGGAGGCCAAGUCUAUGAAACUAAAAUGGAGGGCUUUCUUUAUAAAUGUUGGUUCCUUUGCUUUUGCAGCUUACUUCUUUUUGAGACACAAUAGACUCUGUGAGCCUUAUGUUUAUUCAAUGUUUGCCUUUUCUGAAUAUUUGGUAGUUGUCACUAACAUGCUCUUCCACUUGACAACUGUUUAUGACUUACGAAAGCAAUUUAUUUUCUUUACACGAAAUGGUAUUAUAUUUGAAUGACUUAAGCUUGUAAGUAAUAUUUUCUUGGUUCAGGAAGAGUUAAAAGUGUAUGAAAUGAAAAAUUAUAAAGGAGGACUAUAAUAUACCAAAUAACCUUUAGUGCACAAUAGUAAGACAGUUGCUAUAGGUAAUACAUACACUAUGUUCUCUGCAUUUAAUAUAAUAUUAAAUAUGCCAUGUUAUCAAAAAAUAUUGCUUUAUAAAACUAUGCAAAUUCAGUUAAUAACCAGUAUUACUUAUGUGUUAAGCUCAAAGACCGAAAACACUCAGUGAGCUGAAAAAUAGGUCAACGAGUUGUGGUCACAGUGAAACAGCCACGACGCGAAAUUCGU